GCCUUUCCUCUUCCUAGAAGGCGGUGCCUGCUGGUUGUUACCUGCUGGUGGAGAAGCUUGUUGUUGUUAUUGUUGUUGUUUGUGUUAAAGUUUAAAAAAUAAGUCUUCUAAAAUGGGAGCCCGAGACGAUGAAUACGACUACCUGUUCAAAGUUGUACUAAUUGGAGACUCUGGAGUGGGGAAGAGUAAUCUGCUGUCCCGUUUCACAAGAAAUGAGUUCAACUUGGAGAGCAAGAGCACCAUCGGGGUGGAGUUCGCAACCCGCAGCAUUCAGGUGGAUGGCAAGACGAUAAAAGCUCAAAUCUGGGACACAGCUGGGCAGGAGCGCUACAGAGCCAUCACCUCAGCGUAUUAUCGGGGCGCAGUCGGGGCUCUCCUAGUUUAUGAUAUUGCGAAGCACCUGACAUACGAGAAUGUGGACCGCUGGUUGAAGGAGCUGAGGGACCACGCUGACAACAACAUCGUCAUCAUGCUGGUUGGAAACAAGAGCGACCUUCGACAUCUCAGGGCCGUGCCCACUGAUGAGGCCCGAGCAUUUGCAGAAAAGAACACUCUUUCAUUUAUUGAAACUUCAGCCUUGGACUCCACUAACGUAGAAGAAGCAUUCAAGAGCAUUCUCACAGAAAUCUACCGUAUCGUAUCUCAGAAGCAAAUAUCAGACAGAUCUGCACACGAAGAUUCUCCAGGCAACAAUGUAGUGGACAUAAGUGUCCCCCCAACCAUGGAUGGGCAGAGGGGCAACAAACUCCCCUGCUGUCAAAGCCUGUGACCCUCCUUUUUUCUUUUUCUGGUUGACUUUGUGUCAGAGUUUUCUCUUUUCCCUUCUACUGUCAGAUGCUGUCAUCUUACCCUCAUGGGUUCAGAAGUGUUUGACACAGAGACUCUUAGAUUUGACAUUCCUUUAUGCUGUUUUCUUCCUUGUUUGUCUGAGUCCUGUGUCAAAACAACUUGUCUAAAAUACAAAGACUGAGAAGAAAGACAAUUGUUAAGCUGUUAACUACAAUCUCUUUUUAAUUCACUAGAUGAUGAUCCUAUUGACCCACUCCUGCUGAAGGAGUGGUGAGGGAUCGGUAGGCCUGUUUAUGAGUGCUCAGAGGUAUUUUUACUCGGUUCCUUUUCUCAGCCUAAUCUGCUAUAGUGGAGUCUCAUUUUCAUGUCGGGCUGACCUGAUUCUGCCUGUCUUGCAAUGUGGGUGCAGAAGAGGAGAUGAGAGGAAGGUUCGUUUGGAGUGCUGAUGUGUGGUCUGUCAAGAGUUUCUGGUUGCCUCUUUAAUUUUAAUUUUCCUCUUUUGCGCUGUGUGCCCACUCUGGCAUGAAAUUAGCAUGAGCUGGGGACCAGACUGGCUAUGAAUGACUGACUCAUUAUAGGCAAGCAUGAAACACAUGACACAUUUUUGUUUGUUUGUGUGUGUGUGUGUGUGUGUGUGUGUGUGUGUGUGUGUGUGUGUGUGUGUGUGUGUGUGUGUGUGUGUGUGUGGGUGAAUUUUAGUUUUGUACACAAACAUACCAAAGGAAACAUUCAGAAUCAGUUUUGGGGAAGCUCAUUUCACCGUGUUCAAGGAUGUUACGAUUGCAGGUGAUUGCUAAAAGGUCCAGGCUAUUUGCAACAAAUGUGUAACGGUCCACAGGAGAUGCAUUGUUAUAAGUUGUGGUGCAUGAUGUCAAACUUUAAUUUCAGAAUUAGAUUGGGGGGUUUUUGCACUAGAGUCCAGUUAUUUCAGUGGAACCUUAUAUUUCAAAAUGGCAUAAAAUUUUCAUCAGGUAGCAUUUUGCUACCUGUAAGGAAAACAAUGCUGACAGAAAAGGAAAAAUGAAGUUGAAAUUGUAACAUUUCUGUACUGAAUGAGCCAUUGCUGUCAUUAAUCCUAACUGUUGAACAGGAAUUGAUAAAAGUUUGUAAACUCAGAACAUUAUCUGUGGAAAACCAAUAAAUAAAUACUCCCCACAUACUGCUUUCA